GAGAAGAACAAGUAUGUGAAGAAAAGACAGACCGCAGGAAUAAAACUGCGAGACGGAGGAGUCUACAAAAAUAGAGGAAAAAGUGAAGUUAGGAGUCAGGAAUAAAAAAUUCAGAAGCCACACAUUUAAUAAGACUCAUUUUUCUCUAUCUAGUGUAGUCCUGUCCAGUACAGACCAGUCCAACAAUGGCGCUGCGUUCACCAGCUCCAGCAUACUUGAGUGAUCUUCAUUCGCAGACCCCCAAGUUUUCGCACUACUACUCCAGUUCCAAUAACAAUUUGUGUCGCCAUAAAUUCGUAAUUCGCGCCACUGCAACUGCUACUCCUCCCGGCUCCCGCAAUGACCCUCUUGUUUCUGACUCCAGUAAUAGAUCUUCCGUUCCUGGUUCUCUUGGAAAGAUGAAGAGAGUUGGUGAAAUGUCUCAAGAGAUUAAGAGGGUGAGAGCACAGAUGGAAGAGAAUGAAGAGUUAGCUAUUCUGAUGAGAGGUCUAAGGGGACAAAAUUUGACCGACUCCCAAUUUGCUGCUGCUGAUGUUCAACUCCGUUUGGUUGAGGUUGAUGAAAGCAGCGAGUUCCUGCCGUUGGUAUACGAUCCUGUUAGCAUAUCUUCUUACUGGGGUAAACGUCCACGUGCUGUUGCCACACGCAUUGUACAGUUGCUUUCUGUUGCUGGUGGCUUUCUUUCUCGUCUUGGAUUGGAUGUCAUCAAUAAAAAAGUCAAGGAGAAUGAAGUUGCACGUGCAAUUGAAUUAAGGGAGAUAGUAACUUCUUUGGGACCUGCAUAUAUCAAACUGGGGCAAGCUCUUAGCAUCAGACCGGAUAUAUUGUCACCAAGUGCAAUGAUGGAACUCCAAAAGCUUUGUGAUAAGGUUCCUUCAUUUCCAGAUGAUGUUGCAAUGGCUUUGAUAGAGGAAGAGCUCGGGAAACCUUGGCAUGAAAUUUAUGAUGAGCUUUCACCAUCUCCCAUCGCUGCCGCAUCUCUUGGACAGGUUUAUAAAGGUCGAUUGAAAGAGAAUGGGGAUGUGGUUGCUGUUAAAGUGCAAAGGCCUUUUGUUCUAGAAACUGUAACAGUUGAUUUGUUCAUCAUACGAAACUUAGGGUUGGUUCUUCGAAAGUUCCCUCAGAUAUCUGUUGAUGUGGUUGGUUUGGUUGAUGAAUGGGCCGCACGUUUCUUUGAAGAGCUUGACUAUGUUAAUGAGGGUGAAAAUGGUACACUUUUUGCAGAAAUGAUGAAAAAGGACCUUCCUCAGGUGGUCGUACCAAAAACCUACGAUAAGUAUACCUCAAGAAAGGUUCUUACAACACAGUGGAUUGAUGGUGAGAAGCUAUCGCAAAGUACAGAAAGUGACGUCGGGGAGCUGGUUAAUGUUGGAGUCAUAUGCUAUCUUAAGCAGUUGCUUGAUACUGGAUUUUUUCAUGCUGAUCCUCACCCGGGGAAUCUUAUCCGAACUCCUGAUGGGAAGUUGGCUAUACUUGAUUUUGGCUUAGUUACAAAACUAACAGAUGAUCAGAAGUAUGGAAUGAUUGAAGCAAUUUCCCACCUUAUUCAUCGAGAUUAUGACGCUAUAGUAAAAGAUUUUGUCAAGCUGGAUUUCAUCCCAGAAGGAGUUAAUUUGGGGCCCAUUUUGCCUGUUCUUGCAAAAGUUUUUGACCAGGCACUUGAAGGUGGCGGAGCGAAGAAUAUCAACUUUCAGGAGCUUGCGUCAGAUCUGGCACAGAUAACUUUUGAUUAUCCAUUCCGGAUACCCCCUUAUUUUGCUCUAAUUAUUCGAGCAAUAGGAGUUUUAGAAGGCAUUGCUUUGGUCGGAAAUCCGGAAUUUGCUAUUGUGGAUGAAGCUUACCCAUACAUUGCUCAGAGGCUUUUGACCGAUGAAUCCCCACGUCUGAGGAAUGCUCUUCGAUACACCAUAUAUGGAAAAUCUGGAGUUUUUGAUGCUGAGAGAUUUAUUGAUGUAAUGCAAGCUUUUGAAACCUUCAUUGUAGCAGCCAAAAGUGGAGGUGGAGAGAAUUUAAAUGGUAGAAUGGCUGAACUUGGCAUUCUCCAGAGCGAACAAAGCAAUAAUUAUGCUGGAUUUUCUUUAAAUUCAUCACCAAAUCAACAGAUUCAGACUAGAGCUGCUUUAGCUUUUUUGUUAUCCGACAAGGGAAACUUUUUCCGUGAAUUUCUUCUGGAUGAGAUUGUAAAAGGUGUUGAUGCAGUGACAAGGGAGCAGUUGGUAAAAAUAACCGCUUUCCUUGGUAUUGCUCCUGUAUUUGGUAUGGUUCCUGCCUUUGGACCCUUUAAACCUGCAGGGAUUUUACCUACUAUAACUGACGAGGACAAAAUCAUCCUGAACAAUGUGGAAAGCAUAGUAGAUUUUCUCACAGCUGGAAGUUCCUUGACUAGAAGAUCAAAUCAGGUCAUAAAUAUUGAUCAGGUUGUGAGGGAGCUCCUUUCCUUGUUGCCAGGCUUGUCUGCUAAAGUAUUGCCCGAAAUACUAAGUCGAUUGAGCUCAAGAGUGGCAGCACGAUUGAUUCGAGAUGCAUUGUUGUAAGUUAUCAAGGUUCUUUGAUGCAGAUUGUACAGUCUCACAUUGUGCCUAGCCUUUUUAUACAAAACCAUAUGCAUAAACCAAGUAUAUAACAUCUUUACCAACAGUUACAUAUGAUGCUCUCCUGGAAACAUUCUCGCGAGAAUGAGACAUUUACCGGAACUAAUUACAACAUCACUUAAUGUAUAAUAUUAGUUGCUCUUUUGACAAGAUCCUGAAAUUCUGUUUUGAACCCUUCCACCUUAUAAGUGUAACCUUAUGUUUAUUAUCUUUCCAAAAUAUAGCCCAAUAUACCAUUAAACUAUUAAAAGGGAAGUUUGACCAUUAGUCUUGAAGGAGAGAUGAAGUGGCCUUAGUGUCGAUAGUUUUGAUCUCAUUAUGAGAUUCUCAUAUCUUUUUUUUAUUAUUAUUAUUUAUUUAUAUUCUUCAUAUGAUAUAUUUAAAGUGGAAUGUAAAGAUUUAAGCUCAAUACAAUUGUUGGCAUUUUGGUUGUAAAUUGUGGAUUUGAUCACAGGAGUUUCAAUAUAGAACUUUUCAUACU